AUAUUCUCAAGUAAAAAGAAAAACAAAAUUUCAAAAUGUCGUUCCGCGAUCUUCGAAACUUCACAGAGAUGAUGCGUUCAUUAGGAUAUCCAAGACUAAUAUCCAUGGAGAAUUUUCGCUCUCCUAAUUUUCCUUUAGUAGCAGAAGUUCUUAUAUGGCUUGUUAAAAGGUAUGACCCUAAUGCGGAGCUACCAAUAGAUGUUGACACUGAACAAGAUAGAGUGUUGUUCAUCAAGGCCGUUGCACAGUUCAUGGCCACAAAAGCACACAUUAAACUGAACACUAAAAAGUUGUAUGGUGCUGAUGGAUAUGCUGUCAAAGAACUGCUUAAAGUGACAUCAGUUCUUUACAGUGCAAUGAAAAUCAACUUGACUGAAGAAGACAAUGAAGCAUCCAAUGUUUCAUCAUUGACCUUUGAUAUCUCGUCAAGAAUAAAUGACUUAAAAGCUUCAAGAAUGCUUGCUUCAGAAAUAACCUCUAGAGGUGCUGGACUUUAUGAUCUUCUGGGACGAGAAGUUGAACUCAGGGAAUUACGGACGAGAGCUAUUGCUAAGCCACUUGAAGUUAAUGAACUUGAAAAUGGAAUCAAGAAAAGUAUUGUACAAGUGAAGGAUGAAAUUGGUAAAACUACACAAAUGCUGAACAACAUUGCAUCCGAUGAAGCAAACUUAGAAACAAAAAUCGAAAAGAAAAAGCAAGAAUUAGAAAGGAAUGAAAAGCGACUUAGAAGCUUGGAAAGUGUUAGACCAGCUUUUAUGGAUGAGUAUGAAAAGCUAGAAGAAGAAUUGAAAAAGGUUUACGAGACGUACAUGCAAAAACACAGGAAUCUUUCUUAUUUGGAGCAACUGUUGGAUGAUGUCAACCAAGCUGAACAAGAUCGAUUUGAGGAAACAGAAGCAAAGAGCCUACAAGACAGACUACAAGAAGAAGACAGAAGAAUGACACAGAGAGAUGAACUAAGUGGAGAUAUUGAUGAUGACGAUGAUGAAAUUGUUUUAGACGCUGGAAACAAACAAAGUGACAAACAAGGAGAUGGUCCUCGUGUCUUUGGAGGAAUGGGAGGAGGAAUAGAUUCUGAUGAAGAUGAGAGUGGUUCAUUAUCUUCUGGUGAUAGCGAGAUUGGUGUAGAUGAUGAUGAUGAAUUAUUGGAUGAUGAUGAAAUUGGAGAUGACAAUGACAAUGGUGCUGAAGGAUCACAAGGAAGCUUGAAUGAUAGUGAUAAUGAUUUUUAAUUUACUUGCUGCGUGUUACUGCUUGCUUGCAUCCAAGGACAACRAAGUCUAAUGAUUUGUAUUCCUUCUCAUAAGCCAAUAAAAAUGGAAAAACAAUGAAAAAAAAAUGAAAAAAUAUACAUAGAUGGAUUUAGUACACUUCAUCUUAUCUUCGUGGACUGAAGACCUAAUCUGAUGUUUGUACCUUUGUUAUAAGGGAAUGUUUUCAUGAAACACUAGCUAGAGUAUUCAUUUUCUUGUUAGCAUUGAAGCAAAGAAAAGCAAUCAAAGUAAGGUCUUGUGCAACAAAUUAGUGGCAUGUAGCAACAAAGAAAACCAUAUACAAUAAAGAGCAAGUAGACUAUCAUUUA